CUCAAAACCAACGCGACUCCCCUGCGCCGCCGCCCCUGCCGCUCAUCCCCCUCAUCCCCGCCGCUCGCUCAAACCCCACCGCCCGCCGGCGCCGACGCCGCCACCCACCCGCUCCGGCAAGAUGAACAAGGAGAGGCUCAUGAAGAUGGCCGGCGCCGUCCGCACCGGCGGCAAGGGCACCGUCCGCCGGAAGAAGAAGGCGGUGCACAAGACGGCGACCACGGACGACAAGCGGCUGCAGAGCACGCUCAAGAGGGUGGGCGUCAACACCAUCCCGGCCAUCGAGGAGGUCAACAUCUUCAAGGACGACCUCGUCAUCCAGUUCCUCAACCCCAAAGUGCAAGCGUCCAUCGCCGCAAACACAUGGGUGGUCAGUGGGACUCCCCAGACCAAGAAGCUACAAGAUGUUCUUCCUUCUAUCAUCAACCAAUUGGGCCCUGACAACAUGGAGCACCUGAAGAGGAUCGCCGAGGAGAUGCAGAAGCAGGUGGCUGCUGCAGGCGCCAUCCAGCCCAAGGAGGAGAAUGACGACGACGUUCCGGAGCUCGUUCCAGGGGAGACUUUUGAGGAGGUAGCCCAGGAGACGAAAGCCUGAUCUCAUAGACUCCGCCAGCCCCAGGGGACGAAAGCCUGAUCUCAUAGACUCCUCCCGCCCCACCAAUAGAGAAUCUUUACUUGACCCGAAUUGCUACCUGGUCAUGGUUUUCUAUGACGGCCCUGUUUUGCUCCCUCUCCUAGGCCUUCUGUAUUUGCUGCAGUUGGAAACUUUUAGUUUCUCCUGAGUUUUUAUCCGAGUUAUGAAUGCUGAGUUGCCAGUGGAUUCUUUUUAGCUACUUUUUGAUAAUGAUUGCAUA